AAGAGAUCCCGCGCGCAUAUAUCUGUGCCAUCGCCAUCACCCACCAUGGCCGGGGCAACACCACCAUAGCACAGCACUAGUGUGCCUGUCCUUGCCGCCGUCCUCCCCUCCGUCCCCUACGACUCCAUUUCCGUGUGCUCGUGUGUGUCCUCCCCUCCCAGCUAGUGCACAGAUCGACCGACCCACCGACCGACCGAUCGAUCCAUCGAACAUAAGCCAGGUAGCAGCAAGCCGGGGCGGAGAAGAUGAUGAACCUAUCGGCUGCCGCUGCCGCCGCCGCCAACGCCUGCGAUGAGUUCCCCUACGCGCCGCCCAACGCGGCCGCUCCCCCUUCUCUGUUCCCAAUCAUGGAGCAGGAGAGCAGCAUCCACAGGGAGCAUCAGCAGCAGCAGCUGGGCCUGGGCUACAACCCCGAGCCCAACUCCCUGGCACUGCUGCCCCCGUCCGACGCCGCCCACCACACCACUAUCGCCGCCGGCCCCCACGACAUCCUCCAGUUCUACCCUGCUUCCGCCUCGCACUACCUCGCCGCCUCCAACCCCUACGGCCACUUCGCCGGGAGCUCCUCCUUCCACCAGUCGUCGUCGUCGUCGUCGUCGUACUACUACCCUCCGCCACCGCAGGCCGCGCCCGAGUACUACUUCCCCACCCUCGUCAGCUCCGCCGAGGAGAACAUGGCCAGCUUCGCCGCCACGCAGCUCGGCCUCAACCUCGGCUACCGCACCUACUUCCCGCCGAGAGGCGGGUACACGUACGGCCACCACCCGCCGCGCUGCCAGGCCGAGGGCUGCAAGGCCGACCUCUCCGGCGCCAAGCGCUACCACCGCCGCCACAAGGUGUGCGACCACCACUCCAAGGCGCCGGUCGUCGUCACCGCCGGAGGCAUGCACCAGAGGUUCUGCCAGCAGUGCAGCAGAUUCCAUCUGCUGGAUGAGUUCGACGAUGCCAAGAAGAGCUGUAGGAAACGGCUAGCGGACCACAACCGGCGCCGACGCAAGUCAAAGCCAUCGGAUGCUGAUGCCGGAGACAAGAAAAGAGCACAUGCGAACAAAGCAGCUCCUGCUAAAGACAAAGCAGGAAGUAGCAGCAAGCACAUGCACAUUGCAGGGUUGGGUACACAGAUCCUGGGGAGCACACUCUUGUCCAAAGAACAAGAUCAAGCCAUGGAUCUUGGAGAAGUGGUGAAAGAAGCAGUGGAUCCCAAGGGGAAGGCAUCAAUGCUACAGCAUCACGGCAUUCAUCAGCAACAACAUCACGGAAUCCAUCAGCAACAUCACGGCUUCCCCUUCCAUUCAUCGUCAGCAGGCUCUAGUGACACCACAUCAAAUAUAGCUCAAGUGCAAGAGCCAAGCUUAGGGUUCCACCAUCAGCACCAUCAACACAGCAACGUCUUGCAGCUCGGUCAGGCUAUGUUUGAUCUCGACUUCGAUCACUAGUCAAUAUGUGAUGCACUCUCUCUCUCUCUCUCUCUCACCCACCCCUCCCUCCCUCUUUCUUUGUUUGUGCGCAUAAUCCGAAUGUUUUUCCCUUUUUAAAUUAUCUGUGUCCAUUGCUGUAAUGUGGACAUAGUAAUGAUAGUGUAUGCUUUGUUUGUCA